CAGUAGAGCGCCUGACCUCACUAGGCCGGCUCACAGCGAGGAGUCCAGCUACGACGCCGCUACGCGGUGCUCUCACGCGACCCAGUUGGAGCAUCAAGCGUCCGAAACCAGUUAUCAAACACACCAGAUUGCCGUACAACCCCUACGACCGUCAGAGUUUUCAAGUGCAAGUGAAUUUCCGACUACUCCAGCUCCUACGACUACUCCAAACUGCGCGGACCCCCAGUACGUGAUCAGCACAGGAGUGCACAUGGCACCCAGCAGGAUUGCUCGUCUGAACGACCUUAGCCGAAUGCUGGACAGCGACAAUGAUGAUCGAUGCGAGGAAACCAGACCGCCCGUCACUGCUGAUACCGUACCCGACAACAAUGCCCGGCAAGCACCCGGAGCUGAUGCAACUCGUCAUGAAGCUGCGGCCGUCAUAGGUGCUGCUGUAGCAUCCGUCUGUAGAUAAUCGAAUGGAGGCGGGUCAUUUCGCCCUUGCAGUAGGCCGGGAUGUGAGCGCGAAGCCCACGCUGCUUGCGUAGCAGCAAUGUUGGAUGCAUUCGGUGCUGGUGGCUCAUUUGACAAAGCUACGUGCGGAAAACGAUGCUACAACACCCUGGUAAGCCAGCCGCUACUGCGGCUGCACCUCAAACGACCGGAAAGAAGCGUGUGCUAUGGCAUAACGAUGGACCUUCGCAAGAUGUAAGCUCGUUGAGCGUGCUGAUUGACUGGAUCACGAGUGCCGAUAAUUAUGACCGAUACCGCGGGGGGUGAAGGCCAGACAGGGGAAACGAAAACUGCGCUCGCUCAGCAAAUCGUGCACUUGAUUUCCAUCAAAGGAAUUAAGACAGCUCGAACCGCGAAAGAUGUUAUGUCUAAGAUUGCGUCACUGGAGUCGACGUUUCGUGCAGCUGUUGACUGGCUUUCGGCUACUGGGCAAGGAGUGGAAGAUGAGACUACACUGCGUGCAAACAUUCUGGAGAGAUGCCCCGAGUACUAUGAGCUAUUCGACACGAUGCAUAGUCGUAUAAGCACCCGCGCGCAGCUCCUGAACACCGAUCAGCACUUUCGCAAAGAUGAUACAGAGAGUGAUGACUGCAGUUCGAGUGAUGAAAGUGCUACUGACACAAAUGAGGUUUCGAGUCAUGGAGUGAGCAACUCGGCGGCGAAGCGAUCGACGUCAAUUCCAAUUUCUAUCGCUCAACCUCAAACAAAGCCCAAGAAAAACGACUUAUCCGGGCACCCGGCUCUUUUCCGAUUAAAGCAAGCCCAACUAGACCAGCAACGCGAUAUCCAACUUGCUGAACUGGACGUCCGAAAAAAAGAACUCGGCCUUCGUGAAAAAGAGUUUCUUGCACGCCAACAACAACUGAAAAAUGAAGACAUUCUUGCUGCGGCACGGAUUGGCGAGGCAAACGCUCAAGCAACAAAACUCCGCGAAGAGGCAGAGCACUGGAGCCAGCAACGCAAAAUCGCGCUGCUUCGAGAACGAAAACAAUUGUUGGAUGAGGUCAUCUCAUCCGACGAGAUCGACCUUCUGCUACCGUUACGACCGCAGCUCGAGUAAGUAUGCCAGUAGCUGCUCUCGUCUUUCAUGCGCUUUUGCGUUUACAGGGAGGGGUACAUUCAACUCGUCAUCGUCGUCCAGACUGCCCGUCAUCAAUCGUUCGAGUUCAGCUUGCCAGUCACGUGGAAUCGGCUCCGCAAUCAGAAGGUUGUGCAUGAUGGCCGCACAGAUGACGUAGCAAAUCAGGCGUCUCAUGUGCUUUCGUUUCUUGCUCAGCUUCACCCGGAUUUCACGUAAGUAGGGGAACCGCAUUUUUAAGAGCCCAAUACAGUGCUCGCUUUUGAUUCUAGCUUUCGCAAGUUUGGUGUUGAAGUACUUGUGGCGAGAAUCCAUUUGAGCCUUCGGGGGGGGGGGUUCUUAAAUGCAGGGAUCAUGAAGGCCGAUACUUGAAAAGCCGAAUCACCAAGCAAGUAUUCGUUGGACUUGAAGUGAUCACCAGGAUGAAGCACCAUCGGACUGUUCAUCCAAACUCGGUUAUCGUGAGUCGAUCCCGGCCAACCAACAACGAUGUUGCGAAUUCUUGCAACAUCAUCACACGUUACCAACCCACUUACGGAAUAGGAUGCCUUUCGGCAAUAGUAAUCUUCGUCAUGGUGGCGAGGCUUCGAGGCAAGAGAAAAUAGCGUUCCAUCCGUGAUACCCACACAAUUCACGAAAUCAUACUUGUCUUGCAUCCGCUGCGAAAUCAUGCGACGCUCGAUCUCAUCUGGCCAAGUGAUCACGGCGUCCACAAGCUUCAUGAUGGCAGUUGAAGCUCGAAACAGAUAGUUGUGAACAGAGCCACUUGCAAUUCCAAGGAAUUGGCCCACUUUGGUCCCGGAGUUGUCGUUUCCAUAGGUGCCAAGAAACUUUAGGAGUGCAAGAAUGUGAAGCUCGGCGCCGCCACGAAAUGGUUUGUUCCCCUUUGUGAAGAACACUGGAUCAUCUUUCACUAACUCCACCAGGCGAUAAAACACGCCACGAUCAAGUCGAAAAUGGUCGUGGAACUCAGUGUCAUUCAUGUAAUCAUGGUCGCGCAACAGCUUGAGCCAGCGAUCUUUCCUCCGUCGGUACUGCGCCGGGCGAUCCACAUAACGCGUCGAUUGAACGCGCUCGAGUUCCAGCUGCCAGUAGUCAUCUAGCUCGUCCUCCAACGAAUCAGCGUCGCUGAGGAGGUCGCGAACCGUUGCAGCAGCGCUCCGUUGCUCUGUGAUGCGACGCAGGUCUUGCAGCUCCUUGCCGCGCGCCGACAACCGCGGCAUCCAAGUCCAAGCCCGCGAAGGCGUAUGUAUGGUAUAGCAAG